CGCGGGCGGCGGCAACAAAGGCCCUUCCCCGCCCCCGCCGCCGCCUCCCGCCGCCGCUGCAGCCGCCGCCGCCGCCGCCGCCAGCCGUCCUUGCGGCAGGAAGAUGCCCGGGGAGGUGCCGCCGCCGGCGCCCCGGGGGCUGCGGAGCCUCCUCCUGCUGCUGCUGCUGCUGCUGGGCGCCCCCGCCGCGCUGGCUCAGCGCUGGCGCAACGAGAACUACGAGAGGCCCGUGGACCUGGAGGGCUCCGGGGAUGAUGACCCCUUUGGGGAUGAUGAACUGGACGAUGUCUACUCGGGCUCCGGCUCGGGGUAUUUCGAGCAGGAGUCGGGGCUUGAGACGGCAGUGAGCCUCACCACAGACACGUCGGUCACGCUCCCCACCACGGCAGCUGUGCUGCCCAUCACCUCGGUGCAGCCUGUGGCAACCCCUUUUGAACCAUUCCCUGCUGAGUACACCACCCCCGAGCAGACAACCAGCGUCUUGUAUAUCCCCAGGAUGACAGAGACUCCAGUGAUCCCCAGUUGGAAAGCAACCACCACCAGUACCACUGCCAGUGACUCCCCUACCACCACGACUGCCACCACCACCACCACCACAGCCACCACCACCACAACCACUGCGGCUACGACCACCACCAGCACCACCAUGGCCACUGCCAAGCCCACCACCGUCCGGAGGUUCCUCCCGCCCUUUGUCACCAAGGCAGCCACCACCCGGGCCACCACCUUGGAGACACCCACCACCGCCGUCCUCGAAACCAGUGCACCAACAGAGGCGGCCACGUCACGGCUCGUCCCCACCAGCACGACCAAGCCCAGGUCCCUGCCAAAACCAAGCACCUCCAGGACUGCAGACCUCACAGAAAAAAGCACUGCCUUGCCAUCCAGUCCUGCCACGCUGCCGCCCACAGAAGCCCCCCAGAUGGAGCCAGGGGAGGUAACGACAGUCCUCGACAACGAGCUGGAGGUCCCAGUCAGCAGCGGCCCCAGCGGGGACUUUGAGAUCCGGGAGGAGGAAGAGACAACUCGUCCCGACCUCGGUAAUGAGGUGAUGGCCGUGGUGACACCGCCGUCGGGACCUGGGCUGGGCAAGAACGCGGAGCCGGGGCUCAUCGACAACACGAUAGACUCGGGCAACUCAGCCGCUCAGCUCCCCCAGAAAAACAUCCUGGAGAGGAAAGAAGUGUUGAUAGCGGUGAUCGUGGGCGGCGUGGUGGGAGCCCUCUUUGCUGCCUUCCUGGUCAUGCUGCUCAUCUACCGGAUGAAGAAGAAGGACGAAGGCAGUUACACGCUGGAGGAGCCCAAACAAGCCAACGUGACGUACCAGAAGCCCGACAAGCAGGAGGAGUUUUACGCGUAGAAGAAGAGCCCGGCGUGCCUCGCACUCCCUCCCUCCCCGCUCCAAACUCUCCCUCCUCUACUUCAUCCAGUCUCUCUCUUUCUCUCUCACUCUCUCUCUCUUUUUUGGAUCAGACUGUGAAUUUAAAAAGCAAAACCCGCAAUAGCUAAAGGAGAAAACACAUCUUCGGCAUGAUGAAAAAUUCAAGUGCCCCAGAGCAUCGCCGAGUUCGGACCGAGUACCGCUGGCCUUUCUGCAGCGGGAGGGACGGGGCAAGGAGCCAACGCCAAGGAACCCGUGCCCAGGGAGCGUCCCAGCGAGCGUGGGACGGGGCGGUCAGGCUGCCGACGGCUACAGGAGGUCACUGGGCUUUUCCCACCAACACAACGGACUCUGAGAUCCGGACACCUUCUACCAGCCCUGGGGCACAGGGGGGUUGGUUUGGAUUUGUCUUCCUUUUUAUUUUUUUUUUUUUUCCCUUUGGAAAGGAGGGAGGUUUCUCUCCCUCUCUCUUGUUUUUUUUUUUUUUAUUUUGUUUUGUUUUGUUUUGUUUUCCAGUGGGGUUGGUUGCUCUGCAGGUUUUACCUUGCUCCCUGCUUCUGUUUGAAGAGAGGACGCGACUCUCAAAUACGCUUUGAACCUUGAAAAAAAGCACAAGGGGCUGGAAUACCUGAUGCCCCAGGGUUUGCUCUUGGAGUGGGGAAAAGCAAAUAAACACAAACUUGGCCAGUAUGCUGGAAACGAUCUCUUUAGAUCACCACUUCGGAGAGCUCGCGGAGCAGCAAGAAGACACGUUGGGGUAUCUCAUGCUGCUCCCCUCCUGCCACCACCUCGCUUCACUGCAUCGCUGUGCACGGCCAGAGACCUUAAAUCGAUAGAAACGGCGUGUUGCCGGCCACUGAGGGGUUUGGUUGAGAAGUGACCUUGCUUUUGCUGGGUUUUCACUGUGACCAAUAAAACUCAGCUUGCGCAGUCCGACCGACAGCACUGGUUUUAAAACGGAGCGGGAUGUUGCGUGGUGGGGAGUUGGUAAGGGAGAGGAGUUGGAAAUGGAGAAGCUAAAUCCUCUCCCCGGUUCCUCCAGCUGGGAUAACAUCUCACAAAGCUCAACAAGGCAUGAGAGGCAGUGUAAGAAAAGAAUUGCAAAGCAGAGGCAAUGCCCUGUCCCCUCAGGGGUCGAGCAGGGGUCCCCGCCGGGCCACUGGCACCCAGAAGGUGAGGAAGGUGAGGCAGACCGGUGGCUUUCCACCGGCCAGCCCCAGGGCAGGUUGGCUGCUACAUCUCUUUUGCAAGACCCAGGAUUGAUGGUUUUGUGUUUCUUUUGUUGUUGCUUAAAUUCCAGUAUAACCCACAGGGCACCCAGGAGCCUGAGAGCAAAAGAUGCUGGAAGCCAUCAUCACCCAAGUGCGGUGGUUUCCCCUCUGAGGCUGCCUAAGGUUCAGAGCAGCAGGAUCUGAUCCAGAGCCCAACCGUGCCUUCUAGAAAGGCUAGAAUUUUUGGAGCAAGCUCUCUGCACAGAAAAGUCAAUUAGAUAUUUCAAUGAGUUGGCUUUUAAUUAGCUGAAGCGCUGUUUGCGAUGCUGUCAAGGAGCUUUGUUUUCAUGAUGGUUGUGAUCUUGAUGGUGUCCCAUGGAGACCUUGGCUUUGCUCUUUGAGCAAUUUAAACAGGAAAAUGGAAAAAAAAAAUCAGUUGCUUUGACUCUGUUGCAUCCUGAAUUAACCUGCACAGACACAGUGACACUUUGUCCCCUCAGGGUGUUAGUGGAUAUAGGGAUUUAUGACCCUGGUGGAGGCUACAAGACAGCAGCGCUUCUUUAUGUUAGGAAUUUGAGAGGCCAAAUGCAUAUUUUAUAUAUAUAUAUAUAUAUAUAUAUAUAUAUACACUCACAUACAUACACAGUUAUAUAUAUAUAUGAAAUGAAAUCCCUGUAAAUUUUCAUUGCACUGCAUAUGGCGGCUGGAUGGGACUUUGUGGUUGUGAAGACGUGAGGUUUGGGCUAUGCUCCCCUGGGGUGCGCAGUGCAGGGACUGCGACCCAAACUGCCCACCCUGGUUUUACUUCGGGGUAGGGCGCAGAGCCCUGGCGCGCAGGCCGGCUCUAAAAAUCCCCAUUUUAGAGAUGUCAGCCUCAAAACCGUCUCAUCGUUUUGGUUCUUGUAGUUUGGAGAAGACGGUCCUGUUGGGUCUCUUGGAUGGCGAUGCCGAAAGGCAGAUAGUGUAGCGUGUGUGUACCCGCUGCUUGGGUCCCUCCCGGCCGUGGAGGAUGAGGAUGCUGUGAAGGAGGGACCACAUGUCUGAAGAAGGCUGGUGUCAACCUGGCUCCAAAGGCUGCUUUCUCCGACCUGCUCCAAAGGGAGGGUUUCAACUCAUAGUUUUGAUGGAUUUGGGGUUUAUUUUUGGCCCCGUUGAGACUAGACGAAGGGCCCUAGCUGCUGGGGUGUGGCAGAAAUCAAAUCUCUUCAUGAUUCGAUGAGUUGGGCGCGGCAAGCAUCAAGGCCACCCAAAAUCACCAUCUUUUUGAAAAACGUGGACUUAAUCUUUUGAGCUUGCAUUAAAAAAAAACAACCUCCCAGCUUAAUCUUUUAAAUGCUGCUUUUCUUAGCUGCUUCCCUAAUCUUCUUCAUUCCGUUUUUUUCUUUUCCCCAUUUAAUAGUCUGAAGGUCUAUAAUACAAUUUUUUUUAUUCACUCAAGCUUAACCUCGGUUCACUCAGCCGGUGUUAAAUUGUAAUCCCGGCACUUAAAUCCGUUACAGUUUCAGAAGUGAGGAAGGCUGGAAGUGGGAGGGCGAGAGGAGGCUGGGCAGCGCUUCCUCUUGCCGUAAUUAAAAGACGACCGCAUGCGGAAAAAAAAAAAGGUGAAGGCAAUUAAACUGGUGAUCAGAAUUGA